CAAAUCAGGAAUCCAAAAAAAACAUAAAAGAACUCUUUCAGAUCCGAUCGUACAUAUUCAAUUCGAUAUAUAUCCUUCAUAAAGAAAAAUAAGAAAUUUAUAUUAAAGCGUUUGGUUUGAUUUACUCACUAUUUCAUCAAAAACGGAUAAAUCAUCUCGUAAACGAUUUAAAUCAAAUCAUCAACAUCGAUCUAAGAAAUUUAAAAACUCAUCUCACAAUUCAUCAUCAUCAACAUCAUCUAUGGGAAAAGAUUAUUAUGAAGUGUUGGGCGUUUCAAGAGAUGUAGAUGAAAACGCAUUGAAAUCUGCAUACAAAAAAGCUGCACUCAAACAUCAUCCUGAUCGAAAUCCUAAUAAUCCAGAAGCUGCUAGUAAAAAGUUCAAGGAAGCUGCUGAGGCAUUUGAAGUCUUGAGCGAUAAAAAUAAAAGGGCAGUUUAUGAUCAAUUCGGUGAAGAAGGUUUGAAAGGUGGUGGUGGUGGUCCACCACCUGGAUUCAAUGGUGGUAUGGGAGGUGGUGGUAUGGGAGGUUUCCCUGGUGGUGGAUUCUCGUUUUCAUCAAGCUCAGGAGCUGGCGGAUUUCAACCUAUGGACCCCAAUGAUCUCUUCUCUAAGGUUUUCGCGGGUAGUGGUGGUGGUGGAUUCGGAGGUCUUGAAUCGUUACUUGGUGGUGGUGGUAUGGGGGGUAUGGGUGGCAUGGGUGGCAUGGGUGGUAAUGGUGCUCAAUCUCGUCGAGGUGGUAAUCCAUUUGGUGGUGGUAUGGGUGAUGAUAUGUUUGGUUCGAUGCCUGGCUCUUUCGGUUCUGGUCACGCCCAUGGAUCCAAUGGUCAUGCAAAUGCACCACCUAACGAUGAUGGCCCGGAAGAUGUCAUCAAACCCAUCUCAGUCUCACUUGAAGAUCUGUAUAAAGGUACAACGAAAAAACUUAAAGUCACACGAAAACUAAGAGAUGGUCGAACAGUUGAAAAGACAUGUGAAAUCAACGUCAAGCCAGGAUGGAAAGCAGGAACGAAGAUUAAAUUUCCGUCAAUGGGAAAUGAAGAUCAAUAUGGACGUUCAGCAGCCAUGGUGUUUGAAAUCACUGAAAAGCCACACCCUCGAUUCACACGAGAAGGAGAUGAUUUAAUUUACACUUAUACGAUCCCACUUGUAGAAGCUUUAACCGGUUCUUCUACAUCAGAAGCCACUUCAUCAACACAAAGAACACUUAAACAUUUAGAUGAUAGACAAAUCGAAUUUAAAUUACCAUUACCUAGUCAAUCAGGUGGAAUCCCAAUCAAACCAGAUCAAGAGAUUCUUAUCUCCAAUGAAGGAAUGCCGAUCACUAGAAAAGGUUCAGUUAAACCAAAAGGAGAUUUAAAGAUUGAAAUCAAAAUCGAAUUUCCAAAUCGGAUCACUGGUACUCAAGUUGAUGCACUUAAACGUAUACUAGGUGCUGCUAAUUAAACACCAUAUAUAUAUAUAUCUUCUCUACAAAACGUUUUGUUUUCUAUUAUGAUUUUAUAUAAAAUGUUGUAUCUAUGUUUUGUCAUUUGAUUGUGUUCAGUUUGGGAGUCAUUCUGUUUUUUUCCUCUUUUUUUUUUCAAAGAUUAUACCAAAUUUAUUAGUGUGACUCUUUUUCUGAAAUGAAAUUGAAAGAAAAAAGAAUAUAUAUAUU